UAAUGAAACAAUCUUCUCUUCCUCAGUUGACAAGCCCAAGAAAGCAGAAUAAAAUCAAAAAGACUUCGUCAACAAAAAUAUUUUUCACUACGAAGAAGAAAAGAGGCGCAGGUUCACGAAGUCUGCCAAAACAUUUGAUAAAGCCACAGAUAGUGUCAUCCCAUUAUUCGCCGUAUAAGAAGGAUUAUGAGACUAGAAUGAAAGAUGGCAAUUUCAAUAUACUUUCUGAUCAUAUGAUUUCUGUGGAUCCCUCCUGCCAGAUCGUUCAGACUCAGAAAACUUGGUACGAAACAGUAAAGGAUUACGACAGCACAACUAGGGUUAAAUAACCAAGAUCUGCUUAGCUUAUUUAACGAUAUUGGAACGAGUAAGAUCAAGCUCAGGCGCAACUCUGAGCAGACAAGAAACAAGAAAAUUAAGAGCGUUCUUAAAAAGGCGCAAUCGAAUAAGAUUGAAAAACCGUUAUUGAAGAAAGACAUAAAGGAUGCUAACAACAAUGGCCAGGAUUGUAUUCCGAAGACCAAUUUUAUUAAUUGUGUUAAAGAUACUAAUAACAACCACCGUUUAAAGGAGACUUUGGCAAAGGCUAAGGCUGGUAAUGGCUUCAUGAUCCUGAAGCGGAAUAUAAAGAGAGAGAAAUCAAUGGCAAAGUAUGUAGACAGGAUUAAGACCAAGAUUACCAAGCUUCGAAAGUUAUUUUCAUGCUCCCAAAAGACACUGCCUAACCGUAAGAUCCCCAUCGAGCUGCCAUCUACCUUUGACAUUGACUCUAAAGAUUACCAGGACAGUGUCUAAAUUAUUUGAGUGAUAGAGAGAAUUCAGGAUAAAUUUUCAAU